GUGGGCCAUUCUCUACCAAGUCCGUACGUGAUAAGUCCAUCCAUAAAUGUCGGCUCCAUGAAUUGUAUGUGGGGGUCGUUCACAGUGGAGCAGUACUGUGCCCAUGUGAUAUGAUAUGUCUACCCAUCUCUUACCCACAUUUAUGAACCGAAUCAGACCGGUAUCGAAAAAUGAAAAAAUAAAAUUGGUCCGGUUCAAAAUUUAUAUUUUGGGCUAUAUUUUAUUUUUUAGAGUACUUAUAUUUUAAAAUUAUUAACAAAUUUUAGGGGCCAUGUACGGUUGGCCACUUUGCACACCCUCCGGGCCACCCAUGCAGUCAUGUAUUAUGGCAGGACUUAAUAGAGACUGAUGAAAUGUCACGUAAGUCCUUCGUUAACAUCUACGAAGUACUCCCUCCGUCCUGGAGUAUUUAUCCAGUUUUGACUUUUUGAACUGUUCAUCUAAGCACUUUGACUCAUCAAUUUCUCUUAAUGUUCAUUAUCCAUUAGUCAUUAUUCAAGUAAAUGUUCGCCAUCAGUGGACAUUAUUAAGUGUUAUUUAGAGAAUAAAAUAAUUUUAGUGUUAUUUAGUGCAAAUAUUUCAUUCUUAUAUGUUCCUUGGUUUUAUACUCUUUUUAUGAACUUUAAUAUCUAAACAUUAUGAAAGAAUUAUUUCUUUUACAAGCGGUGGUUCCCAAUGUCAUGGGAUGACUCGGGGAUGCUCCGGUGCCCCAUUCGUAAAAUUGACGGUCUGUACCCCACCUAACCCCUCAUUCCGCCCCGACCCGAACACGCCUCCCACCCCAUUCAAUUGCACCCCCUAAGUUAAUUUUGACUUUGGAGUCAAAUUUUGACUCCAAAGUCAAAAUCAACUUGAGGGUGCAAUUGAAGGAGGUGGAGGGCGUGUUUGAGUCGGGGCAGGGUGAGGGUUUACCGGGGGAUAGGGGAGGUUGGAACCGUCAAUUUUACGAAUUGAUACCGGAGCAUCCUCGAGUCAAUGACAUUGGUUUUCAAUGUCAUGAGAAAGAAAGAAAGUGUUUUUACAAAAAAAAUCUUACGUGUGGAGUCAUAUAUGGAGAGUGUGGGAAAAAAUAUGGUUACGUGUUUAGCACAAAGAAGUAACUUACCACCGCUCCGAUUCCAUCCGAUCCGAUCCCUCUAUAUAAAUAAAUUCUCAUUGACCAAACGAACCUCAGACCCAAAAAAAAAGUACGCCGGGAAAAAUGAAGAAGUCCUCAUCACCGUCGUCGUCCACCCACAUCGUCGCCGCCUUCCUCCUCCUCCUCGUCGCAGUCGCCGCCUCUUCCGCGGCGGCUGCCAGCUGCAACGUGCAGAGCCUGGCCCCUUGCCUGAACGCGAUCACGCUCGGCACCCCGCCUUCCGCCGCCUGUUGCGGCAGCCUGAAGGCGCAGCAGCCCUGUCUCUGCGGGUACAUAAAGAAUCCCGCUCUGGGAGGGUAUGUCAACUCCCAAAAUGCCCAGAAUGUCAGAACCACCUGCGGGAUUCCCACGCCCAAGUGCUAGCUAGCCAGCUAGUUAGCUCAUCGGAAACCGCCCCUGCACCGCCAUCCCGCCGCCGGGCUUCUAUGUUUUUACCAGUAGUUAUUAUGGCUUCCUUAUCACUAUAUAUAUUUAAGACGUCGAAUAAAUUAAACAACUUUAAUUUCUUUCACUCCUAUAUCAUUAUGUUAUCAUUAUGUUAUCAUUAUGUUAUCAUUAUAUAUAUUAUUAGGGGUGUGCGUGAAAUCCGUUCCCAUUGGACCGUCUCGAAAAAUCCCGGAUCCGUUUUGUAAUUGUACCGAUAUAUUGGGACACAAUUUUUUUGUCCCAAACCCGUUCCGUCCCAAUAUCAAAUGGGACAUGAGCGGGACCGCUUAAAUUUAUACUGAUCCGUCCCGUUUGUCCCGUUUCAUCUACUCUACUAAUAUAUACUCCGUAAUACU